UUUUUAUCUUACUUUGAGCAUACUCAUUUUUCAAGUAUAUAACAACCAUAACAAAUAUAGUAAGUGAGAAAAAGAGUAACAAAUCAAAGCAUAAGAUUGAAUAUAAUGGCGGAGAAGCACAUCCUACUAGUAACCUUCCCCGGCCAAGGCCACAUCAACCCUUCCCUCCAAUUCGCAAAGCGCCUAGCCAAACACGGCCUUAAAGUCACCAUCCUCACCCACGCCUCCGCCACCGCCCGCAUGUCCUCCUUCCUCUCCCUAAUCGACAUCAUUUCCUUCUCCACCGGCCCCGACGACUCCUCACAAAACCCCCCCAAAUUCAACCAAGCCAUCACCGAACACGGUACCAAAGCCGUUGAAGACGCCGUCGCCGCCAAGCGCGCCGAAGGCCGCCCAUACGCGCGGAUCGUCUUCAGCCUCCUCGUCCCCUGGGCCGGCCUCGCCGCCCGCCGCCUCGGCGUCCCCGCCACUCUCCUCUGCAUCCAACCGGCUAUUCUAUUCGGCGUCUAUUUUCAUUACUAUAAUACUCCUAACAGUUUUAAUCCUUCAGAUCAAGUGAUUGAAUUGCCAGGGCUGCCGCGGCUCUGCCCAGGCGAUCUCCCGUCCUUCUUCCUCGACACGAAUCCGAUCGUGAAAGAUUUCGGCAACAAAUUGCUGAGUGGUAUUUUUGAGGUUUUGGACGGAGAGGAUGAGCGGGCGACGGUGGUGGUGAACACGUUCGACGCGCUGGAGGCGGAGGCUCUCAGAGAUUUGGAUAAGUACAAAUUGGUGGCGAUCGGGCCGUUGAUUCCUUCUGCGUUUUUGGACGGUUCGGAUCCAUCCGACGUCGCCUUCGGAGGUGAUUUGAUUCAGAAAAGCGACGAUUACAUGGAAUUUUUGGAUUCUUCGGAGAGGGAAUCGGUGAUCUACGUGGCGUUCGGGAGCAAUUCGGAGCUGACGUGGCGGCAGACGAAGGCGAUAGCCGAGGCGCUGGUGAGGAUCCGGCGGCCGUUCCUGUGGGUGGUGAGAGGAUCGGAGGAGAGAGAGAAGCUGAGGUGUAAGGAGGAGCUAUUGAAGAGAGGGAGAGUGGUGAAUUGGUGCAAUCAGGUGGAGGUUCUGUCGCACCGUAGCGUGGGUUGCUUCGUGAGCCACUGUGGGUGGAAUUCGACGCUGGAGAGCGUGGCGGCGGGGGUGCCGGUGGUGGCGAUGGCGCAGGCGAUGGAUCAGGUGACGAAUGCGAAGCUGGUGGAGGAUUUGUGGAGGUGUGGAGUGAGGGCGGCGAAGGGGGAGAUUGUGGAGAGCGAUGAGAUCGUGCGGUGCUUGGAGAUGGUGAUGGACGGCGGAGAUGAGAGUAGAGAGAUGAGGAAAAUGGCUAAGAAAUGGAGGGAUUUGGCGAGGGAUGCUGUGGAAGAUGGUGGGAGCUCUCAACUUAAUCUUAAGAUGUUCGUUCACCAAAUCGUUGGUGGUGAUGGUCAGCCAACGAUUUGAGUAUUAGAUGAAGGAUUGAAGGCGAAUUUUAUUUUAAUAUUAAUAGUAUAAUAAAAUAUUUAGUAUAACAA